AUGGUUUCUCGUCUGGCAAUUCUUUCUGCCCUCGCAGCGCUCUGCGUAUCUACCGCUGGCGCUGCUGAUGCGAUCACUGCCAGCUCUGAAGGAUGUGUGGACAGCUCAAGCAUGAAAACCUGUGUUAACAACGCCGAAAGCGCUCUGGGGGACUGUGGCCAGGAUGCUCAAGAUGAUAUACAACUCCAAGGCUGCAUGUUGACGUACGACAUCACACUCCUCGGCUGCUACAUUGAAAGUUGCUGGAACAAGGUCUACUCUUGCGAGUACCAGCUUGUCGUUGUUGAUAUCCUCUCCCAACAAUAUCCACCACCGGAGGACCCGAUUCCCUUUUGGCCGCCUCCCAACAAUGCGCCUGGCGGCUGCGUCUGUAACUUUGGAACUAUAUGGGACAAUCUCUCGUCUUCGUUGAAUCAUCUGACGUCUACUUGCAACGAGUACAUGAGCUCGGUGACCUCGCUGCAGUCGUGCCAGUGCUGUGCAUGGAGCUCAGGUCUCUCUACCUUCUACGGAGCCUGCCCAGGAUACGAUCUCUCGAAUUACGGUCUAGCAGCGAUUGCAAGCACAGCUAAAACCACACUUUCAAUGUCAGGAACCUGCAGCGACCUCACGUCCUCGGUCUGUGAUGGAAAUUUUGGAAUAGAGUCACAAGACAACGGAGUGUAUCCUGAUCCAGCUAAUCUGCCUAAUCCUGGCAGUAAGUCUCUGACAACAACACAAGGCCCGGGGCCGUUGACCACGCCUCCCGGAGGAGAGACAAUCAUCAGCGGGACAUUCUUGAAUAUCCCGUACACGCUCACUGCGGCGAGCAACAAUGCCGACAACAUCGAGGAAUCUAGCACGUCUACUCCGACUGAGUCAUCUGAUGAGUCUUCCACGACCGGUAGCUCGACUUCAAGUACGAGUACUGGUGGCGCGGACUCGUCGGAUAACUCCAGCAGCGACUCCACAGACCCCAACCAUGCGUCCCGCUAUGUGCCAGUGACAAUGGGGAUGGCUGGUGUAGUCACACUCGCUCUGGUUGUGAUCAGUCUGUAA